UCUCCAGGGGGCUCCAGGUGAUACUGGGACUCAAUCUUUUUCAUUUGUUGAGUUUUAUGAGGAAGAUGCGGCUCAGCAGCCUGCAGCAGAGGCAGCACAUGCAGGAGGGUUUACUGCAGAGACUCCUCAUGUGCUUGCUGCCUCCUGUUCCCUCCGCUCAGCCCAGGACAAGGGGACCGACUAUCAAGCAUUGAUCUUUGAGUCUGACUUUGGCGCUAAUGAAACCUUGUUCAUAAAGACCCCCCAUUCUCCUUCCCAUCUCUCUCUCUCUCUCUCUCUCUCUCUCUCAGACUCCUCCUCCCUGCGCUCCUCUGUCCUCCUCUGUUGGCCCGGAGACUCGCUGCCGCGGCGGACAUUCUGCAGCGCAGACACUGCAGGUGGAUGGAGAGGAGCGGCAGCCGCAGCAGCAGAGCGAAGCAUGCCCCAGCGCAGCCAUGACUUGCUCGGCGUCAGAUAGCGAGAAGAUCGUCAUCAACUGCGGGGGGAUCCGACACGAGACCUACCGGAGCACCCUGAAGACGCUGCCGGGCACGCGCCUGUCCUGGCUGACCGAGCCCGAUGCCUUCAGCAACUUUGAUUACGACCCGAAGUCCGACGAGUUCUUCUUCGACCGCCACCCGGCCACCUUCGCCUUCAUCCUCAACUACUACCGUACCGGGAAGCUGCACUGUCCCAGCGAUGUGUGCGGGCCGCUCUUCGAGGAGGAGCUCGCCUUCUGGGGCAUCGAUGAGACGGACGUGGAGGCGUGCUGCUGGAUGAACUACAGGCAGCACCGCGACGCAGAGGAGGCGCUGGACAGCUUCGAGACCCCGGAGCCGGACGCGCCCGAGGACGACCCGGCGCUUACCGGCGGCGCGGACGGCGACCUGAAGCGGCUGUGCAUGCAGGAGGACGGCCGCCGGGCGACCAGGUGGGAGGUGUGGCAGCCCUGGAUGUGGGCGCUCUUCGAGGACCCCUACUCGUCCAAAUACGCCCGGUAUGUGGCGCUGGCCUCGCUCUUCUUCAUCCUCCUCUCCAUCUCCACCUUCUGCCUGGAGACGCAUGAGGCCUUCAACACCAUCUACAACAAAACGGAGAACGUGACGGUGGGGAACGUCACACAUGAAGAGAUUGUGUAUGAAGUCGUCACGGAUGGCUGGCUGACGUAUGUGGAGGGCGUCUGUGUCAUCUGGUUCACUAUUGAGGUGAUGGCACGUGUCAUCUUCUGCCCCGACAAGGCCGAGUUCUUCCGCAGCGCCCUUAACAUCAUAGACUUUGUGGCCAUUGUGCCCUUUUACCUGGAGGUGGCGCUGAGUGGCCUCUCCUCCAAAACAGCCAAAGAUAUCUUGAGCUUCCUUCGUGUGGUACGUUUUGUCCGAAUCCUGCGUAUCUUCAAGCUGACCCGGCAUUUUGUGGGUUUGCGGGUCCUGGGCCACACUCUGCGGGCGAGCACCAACGAGUUCUUGCUGCUAAUCAUCUUCCUGGCGCUGGGCGUCCUCAUCUUUGCGACCAUGAUCUACUACGCAGAACGAAUUGGAGCUGACCCAGAUGACCCCACAGCCGCGGCCCACACCAACUUUAAGAACAUCCCCAUUGGCUUCUGGUGGGCUGUGGUGACUAUGACCACUCUGGGAUAUGGAGAUAUGUACCCUGAGACAUGGUCAGGGAUGCUGGUGGGGGCUCUGUGCGCCUUGGCAGGGGUGCUAACCAUCGCCAUGCCUGUGCCCGUCAUUGUCAACAACUUCGGCAUGUACUACUCCCUGGCCAUGGCGAAGCAGAAGCUCCCGAAGAAGAGGAACAAGCACAUUCCUAGAGCGCCUCAGCCAGGAAGUCCAAACUACUGCAAGCCAGAUGCCCUGGCAAUGGCCACCGCCUCUCCACACAGGCUCAUGGGUAACGUAAUUGGGCCAGGCAUGGUGGGAUCCGGCAGCAUGAUGGGCACCGGAGACUGCCCCCUGGCACAGGAGGAGAUCAUUGAGAUAAACAGGGCAGACUCCAAGCAGAACGGUGACGCCGCAGCGAGCGCAGCAGCUCUGGCCAACGAGGACUGCCCCACCAUCGACCAGGUCCUGGGAGACGAGCGCAGCCCGGCCACCGGGGGCCUGGGCUCCAACACCAGCCGCGAGCGCUACCCUCACGACCGCGCCUGCUUCCUGCUGAGCGCCGGGGAGUUCCAGCGCACCACAGACGGGAAUGUUCGCAAAGUGCUGAGUUUCUAACUCCACUUUGACAUUAAGAAGAGGGGGAGUGGAAACUCGCUGCCCCCCCACACACCUCCAUGUUUUCCAAAAAGAGAGACAUAGAGCAGGAUGCAGUCUGAUCUUCAUCCAUCUGAAGCCUUUGGAGAACCACUUCAUCUUCAUCCCAGAAGAGCGGCUUCAGGAAGCAGAGCCUCUGGGACAUCAGGUCCUUUCCCGUCGAAUGUUUCAUGGAUCCGACGGGAUCUGUGCUCCAGAACGAAACUCUGCUCCUCCCGCCAGAACACACAGACCCGUCCGCUCCUCCAAACGUACCUGACCCGGGCUGCUUGAAUCCCUCCCAGAUGGAACCAAACCAAAGACAGAAAAGUAGAUGGGAGUGACUCUCUGGUCCCUGCACUUCCUCCCCCCACAUACAUCACCCCACUGGACCGUCUUCAGCCACUUUGCAUGGCAUGAACAGCACCGACUGAAAACAAAAAAAGUAAAAAAAUGAUGGAUUCCCCUCACAGGAGCCAGAGGGUCUGAGGAAGACCACGGUUUGUGUUCCAGCACUUUCACAUGCCCCCCUCCCCCCAUGAAACACAUGGCAGCAUUUCCUGCUCUCUCUGAAGGCCGAUGGAGACGGGGGGGGCUUUUCCUCCCAAAACGAGGGUUACCUCAGAGCAUGACGUGGGAGGGAGGUGGGAGAGGACUCUUCCCUCGACACUCUAAUAAAACAACAAAAAAAACAAAAAAGAAGCAGGAACUCAGAGAGUUUGGAAGAAAUCUCUGGAUCAAUAUUUUAGGGACAAAAGACUCAUGGAGGCGUCGUCUACCAGCAUGAUUAUACUGCAUGACUUUUGCAAGCCACUCGGAUCUCCCCAUGAAAACAGGGCUACCAAGCGAAUUCACCUUUAAAAAGAUGCAGCCGAGCAACGUUUUGUCAAAAAGGAAACCUUUGUUGUGAGUUUUUAGAGGACCUUCGUCAUCACCGCAGAGGCACAAACUGUGGCUGCUUUGCUCCUGGCUGCUCCUCUGCUUCUCCUCCUCCUCCUCCUCUUCCUCGCAGACUCUCCCGGAGCCCUUCCUGGACCUGCAUGAACGGCAGCUGAGUGUGUUUGUGUGUGCAGCGCCACCAUCUGGACCAGGCUUGCUGUGUCUCAUUGAUCUCCUUCAUGGAUGAACGGAUCUGUGAACGAGGAGGAAAACUCAUCCUUACAACCGUCACUCAGCUUUACUUUGCUGGACAUCCAGAGUUCUUAGUGUGGUGGUGGCGGGAGGGGGGCUCCAUGGGACCCUGUCUGUGUUCGCUGGAAGGAAUAGAUACUACAGGACAAGAGUUUUUGAGGCAUUUCAAGCUUUUUAAAAUAAUUCUUUGUGAUUGUUAGAGUCUUGGAUGAUCAGAUGUUGUGUCUUGAGGCACGCUUCAUUCAAACCUUCCUUCCAUUCCCAAGAAUUAAGUGUAUUUGUGUAGAAUGAACAGGAGAGAAGAUGAAAGGUUUGGAUGUGCCCUUUAACUCAUCACAGGAAAAACUUGAGCAGCUCCUUGAAAAACAAGUAAAUAUGAAAUUAUAUAUAUAUAUAUUUAAAUUGAGCCAAAAAUCUGCCAAUAGCAACAGAAAACAUAUCUUCCCUAUAUUUCCUAUUCCAAGGACACAACUGUGUCAGUGCAGGAACUUUUUGGGGUCAAAAAAGUUCAGAAUAGAAGAUCAAACUUUAUCACAUUUUUAAGAGCCCCUUUAUUUUUCUAAAUGCUGUUGUUGGGUAUGAGCUUUGUAAUGAAAAUGUUUUCUUCCUUUAGUGGUUUACAAACAGAAGCUUGUUAGCAGUUCUUACUCUGAGCAAAAGAAACCUCUUCUGUAGCGAAGAUUCUUCUGUUGUAGCAGAUCUGUCUUGAUGAGAUUGUUGACGUUGAGAGACAGAAAAUGGGAUUUUCUUUUUUUACUUUCUUAGGUUUCAGUUUUUCAGCCUUCAUGCAUUAUGUCCUUCAGGUUUCCCAUCUCUCUGGAAAGAUGAAAGUCAGGAGAAAGAAGUGGGAGACCCGGGUUCCAGCCUGUAAAGAUCAAUUAAGAUUAAAGAAAGAAAAAAAUCCAGUUCAUCAGCAUUUAAAAUGAGAAAGAAGCAGUUAGAGGAACAGUUUCCACUCCUGAGCUUCAGUUGUGAAACGCUCAGUCAGAUUUGGGAUGCCGGUAGAACCGGACCUCCAGAGUUCCUGCCGUUUCUUUUGAUUUGAAUGCUCACAUCAAUGUGGGCGGAGCCAAGGGAAUCUGUCUGUUGGAUUAUGUUGAAGGUAAAAUUUGGCAUCUUUUGUUAUUCAUAAGGAGCUUCUUUGCACCACUGAAUGUUCGAAACGUGUCAGACAACCUAAAGAGGAGUGCAGGCCUCUGCAGUUGUGCUGCAGUACUCUUCUUGGCCACAGGGGGGCAGGCGGCCUGCCGAGAGCAAAGCUGCUGUUUUCUCAAGGAGGAAACCAGUAAAGGCGGCUCAGCUAGUGAGUAUUUUAAACACAACCAAGCAUCUCCUGAUGUUCUGCUUCCUGGAAUGAUCUAAUAGAUGAAAUUAUUUGAUAAUCACAUCUUUGAAAUUAAAUCCAAUAUUAAGAACUGCUUAUACAACAAAACUAUCGAGAAUGAUUUGAGUUUAAGGGGAAAAAAAUAACUAAAUAACACUGAGCCCUCACCACCCCACCUUACAGUUUUGUUUAGAAGAAAGUUUGCAUUUGUUGCACUUUAUGAUUAACAAAAGAGUCAUGUUUUUUUGAGGUGGGACUAUGUGAAAGAAAGCUGUAGCAUUUUCUCCAUGUGUAGCAGCGUUUGCAGGUCAGAGCCGUUUUAUUUCACCUUCAGUUCAGGUGGAGUCUAGAAGCAGAACAGCGGAUCGAUCUCAGGAACAUUCUGUGUGGAACAGCAGAGAAGUUAGGAUGCUGCUGCUCCAACCUUCAGGUUCACACCACAGCUCCACACCCGAACCUCCUUACUUGAAACCUGCAGGUAGAUUUUCAGUUGAAACCACCGUCCCCACCAACAAUCUGUGUUGAAGUGGUUCUGUACGCCAUGAACUGGAGCAUUCCACGUCAGACAUGUCUUCCUCCUGCAGGAACAGCAGGUUUCUUCAUCAGCUUCUCAGAGUCCGUUGUGUUGCUUCUGCACCUCUUCGUCUUCCUUUCCCGUCACUGUGCAUUCUGCAAGGAUUUUUCUAUUUUAACACAUGCAAUUACAAUCACUUUGACCAUGACGAUGAUAACAAUGCACUUAAAAUGCUUUUGUAUACAAGCAUGCAGUCAACAUAAGAGAGCCUAUGCAAGCUGUGAACAUUCAUGGUCUGCUGGAAGCAGCCGUCCUUAGCAGGGCUGGAGGGGUUCCCAUCCAUCUGACCGUCCAUCCGUCCAUCCAUCUGACCGUCCAUCCGUCCAUCCAUCCAUCCGUUCACUAACCUCAGGACCAGCAGGUCAAAGCGGUUUAUGCUGGUUGGUCAGUGAAAAGUUGGCAAGCUUCGCUUUUGGAGCUAAAGAAUAUAGCAACCAGAAUGCCUCCUCUGCCUCACUCUCCAUCCUCUUCAUCAGGAAUUUCAAAAGAAAGUUCUUCCUCUUUUAUUUUUAUUUCAUAAAUGCAUGUUCAUUGCAUGUUUUGGACACCUUCAUAGGAGCUGUUUUGUUACAGGAAGUCCCUCCACCUGUUGUCAGGUGAGAGGAGCAUGUGACAUCGGUGCGGGCUGCUCUUCUUCACCUUUUUUUCCCAUUUCCGUGUCCUCAGGGGUCACUUCUGGAAAGAUGCAGGAUAAUCUCAUGACAUUUUCCAUCCACAGUUUGCUUGUUUGCAUUGCGUCUUCCCGUCUCAUGGUGGGGUCCAGAGGCUGAACAUGAAGAAAAAAUCAAUAAAAAGAGACCAUGCUGAGAGGCCUCCUGCCAUGAAUGAAUGUGGCUUAUGCUAAAAGAUGCUGGAUCUGAAUAAAAUGUCACAACUUUAGAGAGAAAACAAAAGAUCAACAUAAAAACAUGUAAAAUGUACUUUAUGGAAUGUCUAGCCUCUUAUUUACCUUUUUCUAUUUUUGAAACUUGGAAAAAAAAGGUGAAAUAAAUAAAUUCUGCAGCUUUUGUGAAAAGAAAAAAAAGUCCUGCUGUAAGAGCAUCUGAAAGUUUGACUGUGAAUGCUGAUUUACCCAACCAACUACCCCUUCAAUGAUAAGAUCAUAAAAAGAUGAAUAUCUUUAAAAAAAUAACACUGAAGGAAAAAAACAACUCAGUUUAAUGAGAAAAUUCUGAAACUUAAUAAAAAUAUUUAAAGUAUAAA